GGGCCGAGAUUGCCGCCCCGCCGCGCCCCCCGCCACCCCCGCGCCGCCCCGCCCCGCCCCGCCCCGCCCGGGACCCGCAGCCCCCUCCCCCGAGCGCCGCGCCGGGAGGGCGGGGGCAGGGGCGAGGCCGGCCGGACCCGCUCAGGGCGGCUCUGCGGGCGGCGAAGGAGGGAGCCAGCGCGCCCAGCCCAGCCGGGCUCGGACAGAGGGGGCGGGGAGAGGGUGGAGCGCGGGGAGCCAGGCGAGGGGCCGCGACGACGGGACUCCAUUAGCCGCUCCGGCCACAGGCAGCGCUUCGCCCGCCGAGGAGCCGGACGCGGACACCGCCGCCCCGCGAGCCUCCAGUCCCUCGCCUGCUGCCGCGCGAGCCCCGGGCCCGGAGCGCGAGGAGCGCGCGGUGAGGGAAGGAGCCAUGGCUCUGGACGGGAUAAGGAUGCCAGAUGGCUGCUACGCGGACGGGACGUGGGAACUGAGUGUCCAUGUGACGGACCUGAACCGCGAUGUCACCCUGAGAGUGACCGGCGAGGUGCACAUUGGAGGGGUGAUGCUUAAGCUGGUGGAGAAACUCGAUGUAAAAAAAGAUUGGUCUGACCAUGCUCUCUGGUGGGAAAAGAAGAGAACUUGGCUUCUGAAGACACAUUGGACCUUAGAUAAGUAUGGUAUUCAGGCAGAUGCUAAGCUUCAGUUCACCCCUCAGCACAAACUGCUCCGCCUGCAGCUUCCCAACAUGAAGUAUGUGAAGGUGAAAGUGAAUUUCUCUGAUAGAGUCUUCAAAGCUGUUUCUGACAUCUGUAAGACUUUUAAUAUCAGACACCCCGAAGAACUUUCUCUCUUAAAGAAACCCAGAGAUCCAACAAAGAAAAAAAAGAAGAAGCUAGACGACCAGUCUGAAGAUGAGGCACUUGAAUUAGAGGGGCCUCUUAUCACUCCUGGAUCAGGCACUGAUGUUCUUUACAUUGGCCCUCUGAAAGGAAGUAUAUAUUCAAGCCCAGGACUGUAUAGUAAAACAAUGACCCCCACUUAUGAUGCUCAUGAUGGAAGCCCCUUGUCACCAACUUCUGCUUGGUUUGGUGACAGUGCUUUGUCAGAAGGCAAUCCUGGUAUACUUGCUGUCAGUCAACCAAUCACAUCACCAGAAAUCUUGGCAAAAAUGUUCAAGCCUCAAGCUCUUCUUGAUAAAGCAAAAAUCAACCAAGGAUGGCUUGAUUCCUCAAGAUCUCUCAUGGAACAAGAUGUGAAGGAAAAUGAGGCCUUGCUGCUCCGAUUCAAGUAUUACAGCUUUUUUGAUUUGAAUCCAAAGUAUGAUGCAAUCAGAAUCAAUCAGCUUUAUGAGCAGGCCAAAUGGGCCAUUCUCCUGGAAGAAAUUGAAUGCACAGAAGAAGAAAUGAUGAUGUUUGCAGCCCUGCAGUAUCAUAUCAAUAAGCUGUCAAUCAUGACAUCAGAGAAUCAUCUGAACAACAGUGACAAAGAAGUUGAUGAAGUUGAUGCUGCCCUUUCAGACCUGGAGAUUACUCUGGAAGGGGGUAAAACAUCAACAAUUUUGGGUGACAUUACUUCCAUCCCUGAACUUGCUGACUACAUUAAAGUUUUCAAGCCAAAAAAGCUGACUCUGAAAGGUUACAAGCAAUAUUGGUGCACCUUCAAAGACACAUCCAUUUCUUGUUAUAAGAGCAAAGAAGAAUCCAGUGGCACACCAGCUCAUCAGAUGAACCUCAGGGGAUGUGAAGUUACCCCAGAUGUAAACAUUUCGGGCCAAAAAUUUAACAUUAAACUCCUGAUUCCAGUUGCAGAAGGCAUGAAUGAAAUCUGGCUUCGUUGUGACAAUGAAAAACAGUAUGCACACUGGAUGGCAGCCUGCAGAUUAGCCUCUAAAGGCAAGACAAUGGCGGACAGUUCUUACAACUUAGAAGUUCAGAAUAUUCUUUCCUUUCUGAAGAUGCAGCAUUUAAACCCAGAUCCCCAGUUAAUACCAGAGCAGAUCACGACUGAUAUAAAUCCUGAAUGUUUGGUGUCUCCCCGCUAUCUAAAAAAGUAUAAGAACAAGCAGCCAGGCUAUGUAAGAGAUUUGAUAACAGCGAGAAUCUUGGAGGCCCAUCAGAAUGUAGCUCAGAUGAGUCUCAUUGAAGCCAAGAUGAGAUUUAUUCAAGCUUGGCAGUCAUUACCUGAAUUUGGCAUCACUCACUUCAUUGCAAGGUUCCAAGGGGGCAAAAAAGAAGAACUUAUUGGAAUUGCAUACAACAGACUGAUUCGGAUGGAUGCCAGCACUGGAGAUGCAAUUAAAACAUGGCGUUUCAGCAACAUGAAACAGUGGAAUGUCAACUGGGAAAUCAAAAUGGUCACCGUAGAGUUUGCAGAUGAAGUACGGUUGUCCUUCAUUUGUACUGAAGUAGAUUGCAAAGUGGUUCAUGAAUUCAUUGGUGGCUACAUAUUUCUCUCAACACGUGCAAAAGACCAAAAUGAGAGUUUAGAUGAAGAGAUGUUCUACAAACUUACCAGUGGUUGGGUGUGAAUAGAAAUACUGUUUAAUGAAACUCCACGGCCAUAACAAUAUUUAACUUUAAAAGCUGUUUGUUAUAUGCUGCUUAAUAAAGUAAGCUUGAAAUUUAUCAUUUUAUCAUGAAAACUUCUUUGCCUUACAAGACCAGUUAAUAUGUGCACUAAACAAGCACGACUAUUAAUCUAUCAUGAUAUAAUAAACUUGAAUUUGACACACAUUCCUUAGGGCCAUGAAUUGAAAACUGAAAUACUAGGCAAAUCAGGAACAAACCAUGACUGAUUUAAGCUAGCCAAACUGUAAGAAACAAGCCAUCUAUUUUAAAGCUAACCAGGGCUUAACCUAUAUGAACUCUAUUUAUCAUGUCUAAUGCAUGUGAUUUAAUGUAUGUUUAAUUUGAUAUCAUGUUUUAAAAUAUCCUACUUCUGGUAGCCAUUUAAUUCCUCCCCCUACCCCCAAAUAAAUCAGGCAUGCAGGAGGCCUGAUAUUUAGUAAUGUCAUUGUGUUUGACCUUGAAGGAAAAUGCUAUUAGUCCGUCGUGCUUGAUUUGUUUUUGUCCUUGAAUAAGCAUGUUGUGUAUAUUGUCUCGUGUUUUUAUUUUUACACCAUACUGUAUUACACUUUUAGUAUUCACCAGCAUAAUCACUGUCUGCCUAAAAUAUGCAACUCUUUGCAUUACAAUAUGAAGUAAAGUUCUAUGAAGUAUGCAUUUUGUGUAACUAAUGUACAAACACAAAUUUUAUAAAAUUGUACAGUUUUUUAAAAACUACUCACAACUAGCAAAUGGCUUAAAUGUAGCAAUCUCUGCAUUAAUUAAAUGCCUUUAAGAGAUAUAAUUAAUGUGCAGUUUUAAUAUCUACUAAAUUAAGAAUGACUUCAUUUUGAUCAUGAUUUGCCACAAUGUCCUUAACUUUAAUGCCUGGACUGGCCAUGUUCUAGUCUGUUGCGCUGUUACAAUCUGUAUUGGUGCUAGUCAGAAAAUUCCUAGCUCACAUAGCCCAAAAGGGUGCGAGGGAGAGGUGGAUUACCAGUAUUGUUCAAUAAUCCAUGGUUCAAAGACUGUAUAAAUGCAUUUUAUUUUAAAUAAAAGCAAAACUUUUAAUAUUUA